AUGGAGGACGAGAACGGCCUUGAGCUAAGCUUGGGUCUAGGUUUUGGUGGAUCCUCCUCCAAAUCUAAGAGUAAAAAUGAAAGCUCCCUGGAUAUUAGGAUAGAAGACAAGAAAGCAAACAAACAGAAAGAUGAUUUGAAAGUUCUUGGUGAUAGCUCUCAGAAGCAAGAUUCAAGCGCUGGAUAUCAUUCUCAGAGGAACGAUUCGAUAAAGCCACAGGAGAACUUCUUCCUUGACCUAACAAGUAGAAAUGCUGAUACUGAUGCAUCCAAAAGCCUUGGUGCUAGGGGUCUUUGGGCAGGAUCUAGUAAUAAUAGAUACACAGAAAUUGAAGAGGAGAAAAGGAGUGAAGGGAUUGCUAACAAACGUAAACUAGAUUUUGAGGACAUAAGUGCUCAGAAGAAGCCAGAUAGAGAUGCUAACCGGAUAGAUUUUCAUGACAAGAGAACAUCUCAUGUUUCUCUAACGGAAGAAGGAUCCACUGCUGAAAAUGAAGAUGUUGCAGAUUCGGAAGUAGAAGGUUCGACCUCGAGGUUUAUUGAUGAGGGCUCCAAGCAGCGGUUUGUUGGAGUUGGUGGUCCAGAGGCUCCAAAGGAGUUUCAAAGGUUUCCUGAUGCAAGUAUGACGGAGUUGCAUGGUCAAAGAAGGCCUGCUGGUUUGCCGGAAAAUGGAUCUAAACACGGGAUGAAUUUUGGGGUCCCAUUUUCGGUCCAACCAGCAAACAUCAUGAGCAUGUCCUACCAAUAUUCAGUGGAAGAUUCCAACCCAGUUGGUGCAAGCAUGACGCCGGUAGUUUCUACUUCAAAUGAUGACCAGCGAAUGGCAGUCCACAAAUUGAAUCCAGGUACUUCAUCAAUAGCUUUCGGCUACUCGCCUGUCCAGCUUCCAACUCUGGACAAAGAUAAUUCGUGGGGCCUGAUUUCUCAGCAUCAACACUUCCAGCCUCCUUAUGGAGCCAAACCACCUGCAACCUUGGAUAAUAAAAAUCAUGAAGGACUCAGAAUUUCUCAAGCCAUGCAAAUAAUUGGUCGAAACUCCUCCGAGGCUGCACCGUAUGAUGCAAGAGUGUUUGAUCGGCCCAAAGGUGAUGGUGUCAAACAACAUGGCGCAGAACAAGAAGGCUCCUCCUCUCAGGCCGAAGAUGAAGGAAAGAACAGCAGCAAAACAAACUGUCGAGCAGCACCAGCACCAGAAGACGGGUUGUCUCAUGACUUCUCGGCCAUAAAGCCGGGAAUUUCUCCCGAGGUCAAGUUCGGAGGCUCCGGAUCCUACCCAAACCUGCCGUGGGUUUCCACCAAGGCUCCAGGCCCAAACGGUCGGACGAUAUCAGGCGUAACUUACAGGUUUAGCCCCAGCCAGAUAAGGAUCGUUUGCGCCUGCCACGGUACGCACAUGUCCCCCGAGGAAUUCAUCCGGCAUGCAAGCGACGAGAACGCCUCCACGGGAGAGGAUAACAACGGUGGGUUAGCGGCAGCAUUUCCAGGUUAUGGCAAAUGGCUGUUAGCAGCACCUGUGUUUCCAUUUCGUUGCAGGAUUGAGCAGGAGAAGACGGGAUCCGCCAUAACCAUGCUGGUGGUGAUUUGGACUAUUCUUCGAGCUUGA